GUCAAAUGUAGAGAUUUCAAGGUUCAGUUUCCAGGAAGUAUUUAUAGUGCUUCGUACCUACUUCCAGAUAAUAGCAUUGAAAGCUCCAGCUUUACGUAUUGUAAAUCGUCGGCAAAACCACGGAUAAAUGAGAGCAUUAGCCCCGCUAUAAUUUUUCAGGUGGUUCACGCAGGAUUCACAUUGUCCUAAACUAAAAAGUUAUCAGAGACUUUGCUUCGCUGUAAACAGCAAAUAACAGAUUGUCUAUAAUUCAGGAUGGGUCGGCCAAAGCGCGAUAUUCGUGCGACUGCGGAAGAGGCGACGACACCUCCUUACCAACUUACUGAAACCCAGUCGCUCGCUAAGGUGAUCAAGGCCGAAGGUAACAGCCUCUACGCCUGCUCUCUACCCAAUCAACAAACCGUCCUCGUCGAGCUUGCAUCUCGUUUCCGCAAUACCGUUUGGAUCAGGCGUGGGGGUUAUGUCUUGGUACAGUUGAUUUCCUCCGAGGAAGAAAAAGGGAGAGUGGAAGGCGAGAUCAUCAAUGUCGUUGGAGACGAAAAACAGUGGCGGAAACAGACCUAUUGGCCCAAGGAGUUUCCACGGUUCACCUACGAGGAUGAAGACGAAGACUCGACAACUGGCAAGAUGCCACCAUUAGAUUCCGAAGAUGAACAUUAGAUUUGCAUUCAAAUGUC